AUGAGAAAAGAAGAAACUUUCUCUAUAAAUACUGGCAAAAGGUGUCGCAAAAGAAUUCACAAAGCAAAGUUUACAAUUGAAAGUGACAGUGAAUCAGAUGAAGUGCAGGAGCACAGUAUUCCUAAAAAGCUAAAGGCAUCCAGGGCAAAGAAAAAAGAGGCUUGCAGCUCAGCCAGUCUUGCUUCACUUAUAAAAGAGCGAUUAACAAAGGAGAGUCAGUCAAAUGAAGGUAGUGCACUUUGCAAUGAUAAAUGCAAGUAUAAAAAAGAAGCCUUGGAACUCAAAGAGAGGGUAAAAAUGCUGGAAAAUCAGAUCAAAAGACUUAAUGAGCAAAUUGACAAUGGCAAUGGGUUGAACCAACUUUUUGCAAGUACCUUUAAAGCAUAUGUUGGCCAUUGACAAAGAACUAAUAAUGUUGAUAAUUGUUGUGAAAAUGGUGAUGUUCCCGGCGAUAGAGAAGAUGUUGUAAAUAAUGGUGGCGAUGAUGAUGGUAAUUCUGGGAAUGUAUUUUGUGGACGAGACGGAACAGUUAAUGAACGGUGACGGACACCUUGUAACAGAAAACGCCGUGCCUAAGAAAGUUGAAAAAAAACACAGGAAGGGAA